AUGUCCGCCCUCACGGCCAAGUCGAGCUCGGGGUUGCUCCUCAGCGCCAGCGCCGGCCGCCUCCUCGAGGCCAUGUCCUCCGACUUCGUGGGCUUCACCAUCGUGAGCAAGGUGCGGCGCGGGGACCUCGAGGGCGUGCGCUCCUGGCUCCACCACCGCGGCGACGUGAACUUCGUCGUCCACCCGCGGACGAAGUUCACGCUCCUCAUGUUCGCCGUCCACGCGUCCGCGCGGCUGCCGGGAGCCGCGGACGUCGCGGCGCUGCUCCUGGCGUCGGGCGCGGACGCCAACGCGACGACGCACGAGCUCGAACCGGCGCGACGCCUUCUUCGAGACGGGUUCCACUGGCGGCUCUGGCUCGCGGUCGCGGCGACGGUCGUCGUCGGCGGCGUCGUCGCGUUCGCCAUCGCCGUCGCCGCGGACGGCGCGCCGCGCACCCUGUCGGCGGGCGUCGAGUCCGCGGCGACGCAGCUCUACCACGCGACGGCGCUGCUCCUCGCCGGCGACGACUUCGAGUGGCUCCGCGGUCCCGGCCGCGCGUUCCGCCUCGGCUUUUUGUUCUUCGCGCUCGUGACGUCGGCGACGUACACGGCGAACCUCGCGGCGUUCCUCACGCGGCCCAACGUCAAGGUCCUGGGCCCGCAGACCAUGGACGACCUGGCGACGUCCGUCGCGUGCGUCGAGUACGGGUCCCUCGUCGCCAUGCUCGGGAGCCUCGUCGCGGGCACGAUCUCGCCGGACACGCACGCGGCGGACGGCGUCGCCUACGGCUACGACGAGCUCGGCGCGCGGACCGCGUGGUGCGUCGACGCGGUGCUCGGCGGCGCCGCGGACAUCUUCAUCUCCAACGACGUCGGCCUCCACCUCGUCGGCCUCGACCUGUGCCUCGACCACUGCGAGGACCUGCACCCGGCCGCGGGCAUCCGGCUCAUGAUGCUCCACACGCACGUCUUCGCGAACGACGCGGCGCUCGCGCGGAACAUCUCCUCGACCAUCGACGCGCUCUACUCCUACGCGUCGAUCUACGCCGUCUUCGACGAGCGCUUCCGCCGCGCGGAGUCGUGCGGCGAGGCCGAGGUCGGCGAGACGACGCAGAUCAAGAUGGGCGACAUGGCCGGGGCGCGUACCCGACGAACGAUGCCCGCCGGGCGCGCCUACGCGCUGUCGCUCUACCGGCGCGCGCUGCGCGCCGCGUUCCUCUGCCCGGACCCGUCGCAGCGCGCGACGAUGACGGCGUACGCGAGGAACAGUUUUCGCGACAGCGCGCGGCUCAGCGACGCGCGGCGCGUGGGCACGCUCCUCGCCGACGCCGAGGAGCAGAUCUCCUGGUCCGAGAGCCUGCACCGCCGCCGCCGACACGGCGAGGACGCCGCCGCGGACGCGGCCGCGGCCGCGGCGCCGCCCGCGGCCGCGGCGCCGCCCGCCGCGCCUCCAGCGGACGGCGGCCUCGCCGCGGAGCUCGCCGCCUACGCGAAGAAGCACAGCCUGCCCAUCGACGUGUCGCACUGGGACGCCGACGAGCUCGCCGGGCUGAGAGCCGCGGAGCUCGAGGGCCUCGGGCUCCACGCCGUCGAGGCCGUCCGCCUCGCGGCGAAG